AUGUCUGUCCGCGAGGAUGUCGUCACCUCCGCGGUCAAUUUCCUCCAGGACCCCAACGUCACCUCGUCAUCUGUCGAAAGCAAGAUCUCCUUUCUAAAGUCUAAGAAUCUUACCCAGGUAGAGAUUGACACAGCUCUGGCGCGGGCGGGUUCACCACCUGUACCCUCACAGGCAGUAGCCCCGCCUGCGCAACACUCCCAACAACCAUAUUAUGGCCAAUAUCAGCAGCCACCUCCAUACGGAUGGCAGCCUCCCCCACUGGCGCCGCCCAGGAGAGACUGGCGAGACUGGUUCAUCAUGGCUACAGUAGCCAGCGGAGUCAGCUAUGGCUUGUAUACUAUCACCAAGCGUUACGUCUACCCUUUAGUUGCACCUCCAACCCCGGAGAAGCUUGAGCAAGAUAAAACCACUGUCGAUGAACAGUUUGAAAAGGCAUUUGCGACAAUAGAACAGCUAUCUAAAGACACCGAGGCUCUGAAAGCAUCCGAAGUAGAACGAACCGAGAAACUCGAUAAACUGGUCGAUCACCUCGAGAGCUUUAUACAUGAUACCAAGUCCGCUUCACGACGACAAGAGGAUGAGACAGAUCGUAUUCGGGAUGAGAUGAAGACGCUCAAAGAGGUCAUUCCAAGGAACAUAAGCACCAACAAGGAGUUCACAGACGGUCGCUUACGCGAAAUUGCCAACGAGGUCAAAAGCCUAAAGGCCCUCAUUGGGCAAAGGAUGUCCAGCGGUUCAUCUGCUGCCCCGGCGCCUUCAAGCAACGGAGGCUACCAGAGGCCAUCCACCAGUACUGCAGCACCGGCCACCUCAGCCGCCGCUCCUGCCGCUCCUGCCGCUCCUACCACACCUGCAGCUGAAGAGUCAGGAAAGGAAAAGGAAACGAACGGUGAUGCACCGCCUCAGAGCACGAAGCAAGACUACAUCUCAUCGCUUGGCGGCCGCUCGAGUCCUUUCGCCAGUAGCGGCAUGCCCUCGGCCAAGGCCUCUAUUCCAGCAUGGCAGCGGGCACUGGCGGAAAAGAAAGUGGCAAGUGAAUCUGCUAGUGAGCCACAGGAAGAGGCUGGAAGCAGUUCUUGA